AUGGCCUCCAUUGCUGCUGUCUCUGCGUCUCUGUCGUCAGUGCAAAUCGCCAGCAAGGCGACCGUUAGGGCUAGCGUUGCUUCCAGGGGCAUUGCGACUGAGCUGACGUGCGCGCGGGGGUUCGGAUGCGAGAGUGUCCACGUGUCCGCUUGCGGUUCUGAGUUUGCGCGUGGCGAUGCGCUGUUCGGCGGCUGCGCACAGGAAAUCGAGCAAAACAGCAGCCUUGUAGUCAUGGCAGUGCCGAAGAAGAGGACCUCUCGGACUAAGACCAAGGUCCGCCGGGCUGUGUGGAAGGCUCAGGCUCGGGACGAGGCUCUCAAGGCUCUGUCCCUUGCCAAGUCAGUGCUUACAGGCCGCUCUAAGAGCUUCAUCUAUGUGCAAAACGAGAAGAAGAAUGCUGCUGAGGAAGGCACUGAUGAGGCUGCCUCUGAGUAG